AUGGGCAAGAUGAGGGACAACUCAUUCCACUACUUCAUGCGGCUGCCUCUGGAACUGCGUCGCAUUAUCUGGAUGCACUGUCUACCGUAUCGUAUUGCAGAAGAAGACAUCCCUGAAUGCCUUUUCAACGGCUGCGAAUCCAACCAAGCCUGCGACACCCGCAAGACGAUGAAACAAAACGCCCAGCAGCCGACCAUCACAUUCGUUAAUAGCGAGUCUUGGCUGGUCGCACUAGAACAGGGACAAAUAUUGAAAUCUGUUGAGAUCAAUACUCUGGAGUCAAUAUGGGUACAGCCGCAUCGAGAUGUACUGCAUCUUAACUGGAUACGACUAUACUACACUAUCUGGGGAGUUGAUCACGAUGCUCCGGGUAGGGCUGACGAGUUCCUAUUGCAUGCGAAGGAUCUUGGGAUGCGUCCUUCUGUCAUGGCGGAACUUAUUCACCCUUUUAACUUGAAGGCGGUGUUAGAUGGCGGUGAUGGUUCUGAUCCGCCCGGUGACCUGUCGCCUUUUCAUAUCGGCGUAUCUGUCAUGCCGGUGCUUCCUUAUCACUGCAUAGAAGGUGAUGAUAUGCGCGAGAUGGUCGAUGUUCUACCUUGGGCGAAAGGCCAAAGAAGCAUGCUAGACAUAGCCAUGGCGGGGGUUUCUCUACAUAUCACCAGGGAAGCAGCUCUGAGAUCUGGCCUGUUUGGAUUAUUGGGUGAUGCGCCUGUUCAGAUGAUUGAUGUUGACGACAGGGCUCGGUUGAGGGAGUUUGAAGCAUUAUUCAGGGAACACACAUUGGAAAAGGAACCAGCCGUGCAAAAGCUAUUCGAUGCAUUCACAAGCUCGCGAUUCCAAAAGGCCACGGAAAAAUGGAAAAAAAAGCUGAAUGGUAUAUCCUGGCUUACAUGUGGCAGUCGGCACGAGACAGAGAGCUCGGCAUUCUUGGGACGAACCCGGGUUCUGCUUGGCUACCUCACCUGUCAGAGGAGAAGAAUAUCAGCAUGUCUCAGUAUUUACCCGAUGAGAGGCAUCCGUGGGUGA